GCAACUUCAUAUACGUCCGCCAGUGAAGAGAGCAGCUUGAAAAUAGGAGGAGUCUGAGCGGCGAAAACGAUAACAGACAAUGGUUUCUGUCACGUGCAGUCAGCACGUGGCAUGCAGCCGUCCGUUAGAGGGCUGUUGGUUGCACCACCAUCGCAGGAGAACUAGAUACCAUGCAUUUGAUGCCACUUGGGUAAAUACGCUUGGGCUACGGCUGAAAUGGAUAAAUUGUCAAUUAUCCCAGUGCAGACUUGGUCCAAUUCAUUACUCCCCUUCCCCACUGGAUUUCCUCUGUUUUUUUUUCGGCGGCGCCGCCAUCUGAUGGAAACUCCCUCGGCAUGAUCCUUCUCACGGGGCCUAGAAGUGUGGCGCUAUGCUGGAAAGGACCAAAGCCACGAAGCUUCUUUGCAAGGGAGUCCCCUCU